AUGAAGUGGAGCGUGCGGGGAGCCUGCGCCGCGCUCUCCAGCUGCCUCCUGCUCGCCUGCGCCCUCAGCGCCGCCGCCGUGGGCCUCAAGUGCUUCUCGCUGGGCUCCGAGCUGAAGGGCGAGCCCUUCCGCCUGGGCACCGCCGCCGGAGCCUUCUACUCGGGGCUGCUGCUGGCCGCCGGACUCUCGCUGCUCGCCGCUGCGCUGCUCUGCUGUCGUCCGCCGGACGAGGCGCCCGUGGCAUCGGCUCCAGCCCCAGCCGCGGCACCGGCCCUGAACCCAGCUCUGGCCUCGGACCCGGCCGGGGACCCUGACCCGGCUGGAGGCGGCACCUGCGGGGGGGAGGCGGCGGCCGCACCGUCGGGGCCAGUAGAGAAGGCGCCGCCCGGGGGGCGGCAGAACUUCCUGCUGCUGGGGGUGCUGGUGUUCAUGCUGGGCGUGCUGAGCGCCUUCGCCGGCGCCGUCAUCGACGGCGACACCGUGUCGCUGGUGGAGAGGAAGUACUCGCACUACUGCCUGCUUCAGCCCGGCGGCUCGGCCCGCCAGCGGAGCGGCCCAGCGGUCCCCGACGGCUCCGCCGCGGCGCUCCGCUGCCAGAAGCUCCGGGACUACCAGCAAGGCUUGGUGCUCUCCACCGUCUUCAACGCGCUGGAGUGUCUCCUGGGUCUGCUUAACCUGCUCCUCGUCAAAAACUAUAAGGCUUCGCAGCAGCGCGGACGCCGGCGGCGCCGGCGUCGAGCGGCCCCGGCGGCUGCAGCGGCGGUGAGCGGGAGGCGGCGGCGGCGGCGGGGCGGCCCCUGCGGCGGCGGCGGUGGCGGUGGCGGGCGGCGGGCGCCGCGUCACAGCCAGGGCUCCCUCUUCUCCGGCGGCGAGCCCGAGCUCAGCCCCGGGGAUUGCCCCUUCCAGGCCGUCUCGUACAUCAACGUGGGCGUCUUCCACGUCUUCGACGAGGCUGGCGUGGAGGUACACUGCGGCGGGCAUCCCUCCGUCGAGCUGCCUGGCUACUCGCCCAUGGACCCCGAGCUCAACGCCUCCUACCCCUAUUGCUACCCGCUGCCCAGCGAGCAGCCGCCGGCCUACGAGGAGAUCUACCCUAGAGAGCCCUGCUCCCACGGCACCUAGCGCACACCGCCGGCGGGACCCCCGACUGCCAGCCCGGUCCUCGGCUCUCCGUGGCAGCCGGAGAGGGACCAGGCGCCGGAACGGACAGGGAGCGGGUCAGCCAGCUCCUCUCAGACGCGGGGCCCAGGGACAGCUUUCGCACCACCGACGGGACGGGUCGUGGGCAGGUGCCGCCGUGCCUCUGGCUCUGCGGAAGCUUCUCUUCUCUCCCUCCCUGCUCUCCCUUUUCUUCUCCCCACUCCGUCCCACCAGCCCUCCGUCCGCCGGCGGCUGAAUUUUCCGAAGGCUGCGCAAGAAACGCCGAAGGGUUGGUUCCUCCUGCUGCCUCUCCUCCGUAGCCAAGUUUAGUUCCCUUCAAAGUGAUUCAUCAGUCUCCAGCUUUAGCAGUCCAGAGUUACCCAUUUAUGAUAACCAGCCAGUGCCCGCUGUGCUAUGUACUUUCCACCCAAUGUUCAGGCACCUGGUGAAGUUCUGCUGAAGUUUAUAGAUCCGGCUGCCUUAGACUUCACUGAGUUUACCCUGAGGCAGGAGUGGAGAUGACAUUGCAGACUGCUACUCUUUCACUUACUAAGUUUUAGAUACCUGGAAGACCUCCAUAAGUUUUACAGAAGCAAACACUUCCAGUGAAAACAAAACAAAACAAACAACCCACAUAGAAAAUGGCUCUGACUCACCACCAGAGCUGUGUCCAGAAGCAGUACUCUGACCUGAGCAGUCAAAAUUACUAAUAACAGAAAAAUUAC